CGGCGGCUGGGCCGGGAGAGGCUGGCGCGCCCAGCGCCCCGAAUCCUCCGGCAUCCGCCCCGGCGGGCGGCCCCCGCCCGCGGCAGACCCCCGAGCAGCGGCCUGGCUCCGACACCUUCCCGGCGGGCAAGAGUGAACCAUGGAGCUGCGUGUGGGGAAUAAGUACCGCCUGGGUCGAAAGAUCGGGAGCGGGUCCUUUGGGGACAUCUACCUGGGUGCCAACAUCGCCUCUGGCGAGGAAGUGGCCAUCAAGCUAGAGUGUGUGAAGACAAAGCACCCACAGCUGCACAUUGAGAGCAAGUUCUACAAGAUGAUGCAGGGGGGAGUGGGGAUCCCGUCCAUCAAGUGGUGUGGGGCUGAAGGCGACUACAACGUGAUGGUCAUGGAGCUGCUGGGGCCCAGCCUGGAGGACCUCUUCAACUUCUGCUCCCGCAAGUUCAGCCUCAAGACGGUGCUGCUCCUGGCCGACCAGAUGAUCAGCCGCAUUGAGUAUAUCCACUCCAAGAACUUCAUCCACCGAGACGUCAAGCCCGACAACUUCCUCAUGGGCCUGGGAAAGAAAGGCAACCUAGUAUACAUCAUCGACUUUGGCCUGGCCAAGAAGUACCGGGACGCCCGCACCCACCAGCACAUCCCCUACCGGGAAAACAAGAACCUGACCGGCACUGCCCGCUAUGCCUCCAUCAACACCCACCUGGGGAUCGAGCAAAGCCGUCGUGACGACCUGGAGAGCCUGGGCUACGUGCUCAUGUAUUUCAACCUGGGCUCCCUGCCCUGGCAGGGCCUCAAAGCAGCCACCAAGCGCCAGAAGUAUGAGCGGAUUAGUGAGAAGAAGAUGUCCACGCCCAUCGAGGUCCUCUGCAAAGGCUACCCCUCUGAGUUCUCAACAUACCUCAACUUCUGCCGCUCCCUGCGGUUCGAUGACAAGCCCGACUACUCCUACCUGCGCCAGCUCUUCCGCAACCUCUUCCACCGGCAGGGCUUCUCCUAUGACUACGUCUUCGACUGGAACAUGCUCAAAUUUGGGGCUUCUUCGAGCCAGGCUCAGCCCCAAGACAGCGAAGCUAUUGUACCACCCUGCCCCCAUCCCUGGCCCUGUGCCGGGCCCUCGUGCUCACCCACAUACUGGUGCCCGGCGCUCCUGGGCACCCAAGGUUCCCCAGAUGGCCCUGUGGAGGAGGUGGAGGAGCUACCACCACAAAACUACUGGCCUGUGGUCUGGACUCCAGGCCCCCAGUUCUGACGUCAUCUGAUGUACCCGAGCCCACCCGGGCCAGGCCUGAUAGGGCAUCGUUUGUUUGGGAUGGUGGGAGUGACAAGCUGUUCGAGAGAGGUAGCCGUGCACUGAAGAGGGUAUGACAGAAGAGGCCCUGCGUGGGAUUCUUAGGAAUGAACCAGCUGCCCAAGGGCAGAACAAGCCUGAAGAAGGGAUAAUGGCCCCUGCCAGGAGGGGCCUAGUGAGCGUGGACUGCAGGACCAUCGGCAGCCUCUGUAUUGAACUGAUCUCAUUAAAUGUCCCCGCAUCCCGUCCUGCUGUGCCUCCUUUCACAGCGUGGCCCUGACCUGCUCCUCCAGGCACUGAGGACCGAGCCUUUGUCCUCGGGUGUCCCAAGCACACACUGGUCUUGAGCUCCUCUUCUCUCUGGGUCCUGGACAGUGGCCUGGUCCUGUCCUCCAAGGUGGCAGACAGAGGUCAGGCGGGGAAUGUGGUCUCACACACCAGGGGCCUUGGGGAGAGGCCUCUGUUUCCUUUCUCUCCAGACGUGAGGUGGGAGAUUAGCAGUGGGCGUCUUCAGCUUCUCGUGUGGUCAAGGGCCUGGGAAUCCGAGUCCAGUUCUGGGCAGGGUUUCCCACUUCAACCCAUCACGGCUCCAGAGAGGGUUUGUGUUUGCUGAGACUUGUGCCUCCGCUAUGAUAGGCUAAUUUUAAUUAAUAAAAUUUAAUCAAAAUUAAAAAUGUAGUUUUUCAGUCACUAUCGCCUUGUUUCAAGUUCACAGUGGCUAGGCAGCCCGUUGGGCAUGUUUCUGUCAUCCCAGAGCCUCCGUUACAGCAUCCCUCACAGGACUGUCCAGCCAACAAGAUCUUUCAAGCCAGGCCAGGCACACCCUCCCCACUGUUGCUGGGGCUCCGAUCCACUUCCUAGGGUCUCCUUGGAGCAAGCUCUGGAGUGAAGCUGAGCAGAGGCCCUCUACUAGCUGCUGGCCCUGUCACCACCAAGGUGAGCCGGACCACUUCCAGGAGCCCCUUGACUGGAGUACAUACAGAACACGCCAUGGGGACUUUCUGCAGCCAGGCCCCCACUCACUCUGCAGGAAGCCACGCCAACAGACAGGACUUCAUGCUGGGCUCCAUGGGCCUGGACUCUCCCAUGGGAAGGAUCUUGCCUUUGACCUUGAAGUAGCUUCCCAUGUUGUUCAGCAUCACCAUCAGGGCACCAGGAUCCCCAGAUACCUGACACUGGGAUGCCACUCUGGUACACAGUACCCUGUGUUCUGAAGUCCGACCAUCUGGCCAGGAGCAAAUUGCAUACAACCAAGGAUGGAGUCCACACAACAAGGCUGAAUGCUUGGAUGACUUUGAUGUUGAUCUUUUGUGUUUUCUUAUGGGCAAGUAAAGACCGAAAAAAAAAAAAACUCCCUGGUGUGCCUUUGUCGAGGCGUUGCUUAGGUGAAUGGA